GGACCGGGAACGAAGGCCACGACAGGACAGCGAAGGGAAGGGAAGGGAAGGGAAGGGAAGGAAGGGGAAGCGAGGGGAGCCAGAGGCGAGUAGAGGAAAGGGGGCGGAAGAGGAGGUGGGAGCAGAAGAGUGCGAUCGAUCGAGGGAGGGAGAGGGCGAGGGCCACGAGGAGCACCUGGACGAGGGGCAGAGGAUCCAGAGGGAGGGAGAAGGAGAGCAGGGCGCAUUGGAUUGCGCUUCCACAGGAUUCGGUGGCCCUGGAAUUCGGGCAAGGCGAGGGAAGGCGAGGGUGAUUUCGAGAGCAGCGGGCGGAAUUUGGUCUCGGAAGGUGAAUGGAUUGAGAUUUCUAUGGUUUCGAUGGCCUUAGUCGUUUCUCUCGGCCUCGACUGUACGCACCAUCGGAAGAUCGUGAUCCCUGCCGCUUCUGGUGCUGGUGUCGUCGGGCUCCCGAGCUUGAGUCCGUCUGUGGCCUUGGGGCGAGCUGCGGGGAGCGGGAGCAGGAGCAGGAGCAGGAGAUGUUUUGUAGACAGGAAGCAAAAGCGCGCGUCUGAUUCUGGUGACGGGAGUAGGUCGAAAUUCUCGUCAUGCGCGUGCCGGAGAGUGCGAUGUAGUGCGGAGCUCAAAACCUGUACUUCAGUGCAAGUUGACGAUGACAACUCAGAGCCGGAAUCCGUAUUCAGGCCUCCCUUAGGUUGGCCUUUCUCUGGGGUGCCCCCACGCGAUCUUAAUCUUUUAGGAGAGAAGGUUUCGAAGGUUGAAGUGUCAGAACCUCCAGCCCCCGAAGAAGAGGGACAGCAAGAAAUCAGCGUCUCCGACGUGUUUGAGCACAAUGGAAGGCCUGGCGAGAAUUUAUACCGUCACUGGAUUGCCACCGAAUUUAGAGCAGCGGUGCAGUCUGGAUCUCCUCCACCCAGGCAGAAGGAGGAGAAGCAGGCCGAACGAGAUAAUUACUACGUGAACACAGGCUACGCAAUUCGGACUUUGCGGGAAGAGCUGCCGAAUUUGUUCUACAGAAGGCUCAAUUUCGACAUAUACAGGGACGACAUAACUUUUCGAGACCCUAUGAAUACCUUUUCGGGCAUCGACAACUACAAACUCAUAUUCUGGGCUCUCAGAUUCCACGGGCGUAUAUUUUUCAGAGCCCUCUGGGUUGACAUCAAUCGCGUCUGGCAACCUCACGACAAGGUCAUUAUGGUCCGGUGGACUGUCCGUGGUAUUCCGAGAGUGCCUUGGGAGGCACAGGGUCAUUUCGAGGGGACCUCCGAAUACAAGCUGGACAAGGAGGGAAAGAUAUACGAGCACAAGGUGGAUAAUGUGAUAUUCAAUUCACCGACGAGGUAUCAUGCCCCCAGCGUCCUUGACCUUGUGCGAGUGGCUGCGGGUCACACGAAUCCGACGCCCUCGUUUUGUGGCAAGGUUUCAGUCCUUAUGUUAUUACUAGCGCCCUACUUGAGGCAGUUCACGUGGGUUCGAUUUUAUUGGGCGCUGAAGAGUACACUAGUUUUGAACAAUCCAGGGGAACCAUGUGAUGAGCUUGGUCUUAACGCCUAAAUAUUCCUAUAGCUUAGCUUAGUUCUUGGGGAAAGAUUGCAACAGGUUUUGGCUUCUUCCUGUGUAUCAUAUGGAUCAGAGGAUGUCUUGCAGCUGCGAUUUGUGGAGAACGGUGAGCAAAUAAGUUCCUCUUCUCUUGUACAUAUUGAGAGGUUCCAAGGGCUGAGUCGGAAUGUCUCCAUGAUUAGAGUCUUCGCACAAGGAGAUUAUGGAGUUCCAAGCAAGACUGUUCCUGCAUAUCUGGUGGCUCUCAUGUAUCAAAAGUGAUGGUUGAGUUACUAAUCAGCAGCCUUGCUUCCAUUCGGAAUCAUGUAAGGCCUGGUGGUUGAAGGGUGAGCUACACAGGUUGGCAUAUCUGCCAAGGGAUGACGGGCCGGGUGUAUUCUAGCAGGUCCUAUAAUACUGGGUCGCAAGCUGCCCUUAAAAUCGGCCUGCAACAUCUCUAGUUAAGAUUAUCGUACAUUCUUUGUGAGGCAAACUGUCAUGGCAAAGUCUUGAGGAGGUGGGCAACAGAUCAGCCCACCUUUCAAGAGAACUUUCUCUGACCAGGGUAAUCCCUCAAGGUGCCAUUAGUUUGUCUGUCUGUCUGUAUAAGUAGUGCUAUUGUUCACUCCUAUGACUUUGCAAUCUGCAUUCUUAGCUUCAUAGUUUGCUCAGGGUUGCCUCGGUGGUUCUCAUUCUCCGAUAUAUGGUAGUGGACACCAGCGGGGCUGUCCCAGGAUUGCAGUAAUUGAUUGUACAUGCUGCCGAUUGAGCCACUGCUCUGGACCGAUAGAGGUCUUUUUCUUGUCAGAGUAAAGAAUUUUCCAGUCUGAUUGCAGCAAAUUUUGGAGUGAAAUGCUGGAGGCUCGGAUGCGA